AAGACAGAUUUGAUGUCAAAAUUUCCGUACAAUUUAGCUUUUAUUCACAACAUUUAAUUUUUGUACCUUCACGUUAAAGAACUAAACAUUUAGCUGUAAUGUCUAUGCCCCCAGAGUUUGAGAAGGCUCAUACUCCGAGAGAUGUAGAUCUUAAUGCUGCAGGAAGGGGUGUAUGGUUGGUUAAGGUACCAAAGUAUUUGUCAGAAAAAUGGAGUCAUGCAGAUGGUGGUGAAGUUGGAAAGCUCAAAAUCACAAGAUCAAAAUUUCCAGGCCAGAAGCCAGAUGUAGUUUUCUCAUUAAAUGACAAACUGGUAAAGAGUGGUGAUACUACACAAAGUCCAAAGGACCAUAAAAUGGUUUUAACAGGUCUUGGGAAUCAGAACUUGGUUGUAUUCUCUGAGACCCCACCAAUGAUUACAGCAGAUUCUGGUGCUAAACCUGAUCAUUUAGUUGAUAAAUUAGGAAUUGAGGGAAAAGUUAUUCAGAGGGCAGAGUGUCGACCUAUAGCAGAUAACAACUACCUCAAAUUAAAAAGAUUGCAAGUGGAGGCACAGAAUAAGCCAAAAAGGGAAGUAAUUCAGAUUUCAGAAGUAGUUAAUGCAUACAAGCCAAUCAGCGAUCAUAAGUUCAAUAUUGAACACAACCAAAAGUUGAAGAAUGAAGGAAAAAGACUGAGAGAUUCCAAAGAUGUUGUUAUGGAGAAGUUGUUUGCAGCCUUUGAGAAACAUCAGUAUUACAAUGUUAAAGAUUUAGUACGGGUGACUAAUCAACCAAUUACAUACCUCAAAGAGAUACUCAAAGAGAUCUGUGUAUACAAUAUGAAAGCUCCUCAUCGAAACAUGUGGGAGCUGAAACCUGAGUACAGACAUUACAAAGAUGACGAGAAGACAUGAAUUUACACUUCUUUGUAUUGUUAUGUUUACAGUUUUUAUGCAAAAACGAUAAAUAUGUGAGAAAAUUCAAACACAAUGCAUAAAAUUGAUGUCAUCUAUGUAAGAUGCUAAGUAUUUACUGUCUCUAAAACUUGCAGCAUGAUUUUAAAAAUCAAGCUGAUCAAAAAAAUGUGUUCUUUUAUACAAAAAUAUUAUGCUUUCACUGUAUAAUAAAAAUAUACAAGCGAUAGAAUGUAUUGCAGAGUUCCAGGGAAGGCAGACAUAAUAUGAUGGAUGCUGUCUAGUUGUCAACAUUCUAUUUAUAAAAUUAAAUCAACCAAAAGCAAUAUAUUCAUCAAACUGAGUUUGAUAAUGUCUGAUGGAAAGGUUUCUGGAUGGUACUUUUUAGACUAUAAUACACUGUUUGCACUUCUGAAAUUUUUGGUUAUUGGAACUCAUGAAAGUAAAAUAAUGUUUUUUAAAAGUAAUAUGAUCUUUUAAGUAUACCAAUAAGAUUAAAAAGAAUAAAAAAUACUUUGCAAAUUUACAGACUAUUUACUUCAUCUAUCAUGUUACCAUUUACAGCCACUUCGAUUGUCUUCCUUGACGUCUCAAGAUCACACAUAAUUAUUGGUCUCCUGCUCAACUAGAAAACGGGAGGUCUAAGGUUUGAUCCCCAGCUUAGAAAAAACAAAAUAUUAACAUUAUUUGCUGUUUCUCCACUAAGCAUGUGGCAUUAAAGAGUAAGAGCAAAAACUGGUCUUCCCUAAGUCAGAAUAAUGGGAAAAGAUAGAAGAACAUAUCUUCCUGCAAAUUGUGUGUGUAAUUUUAUGAGCUAAACCAUUAAAAAUCUGACUCAGUUUAGAACAAAAUAGGUUAUCGUCCUAAAUAUACAUGUUAACUUGCCACCAGACAUUAAUCAGCAAUCAAAAAAUCAAUCUAUAGAUAAUCCCAUUUUACUUUUUACUGUCAGAUUGAUACAGAGGUUUUUGUCAUUAAAUAUCUACCUGUAGGACAAAGCAGUCACAGUCAAUAUUUGCAUUUAUAAUUUUGAUACAUUUGUAUUAUUGUUUAUUAAUAGAAGAUACUGGUCUUUCCCUAAAGUUACAAGUCUCACACAGUAUAAUAUCUUAGAACUUGAUGGAUCUUUUUCUUCAUGUGAAGAAUGUCAUUAUACCAUUAUCACGUAAACUUGACGAACAAAUACCUGCAGAACAAUUUCAGUAGAAUUCAAUUUGAACUAUUUUUGGAAUAUGAUUUGACCCUGAUAGGUGAACGUUGAUGUUACUUCUUUUAUUUGUUAUUCGUUUUUCACCUUGUUUUGCCAUAGCCCACCCACAUUGACUGGAGGUGUAUUGAUGUCAUUGUCUUCCUAGAAACAUUUAUGACAAACCAAGUACCCCAAAAUGUCUGAUUUUCAAAAAAUCUGGCAAAAGAAAAAGAACAAAAAGAGCAAAAUUGAUCAGGCCAAAUAAUGCUUCCUUUAAUUCUAAACUACCUGCAGAUUUAUUUGAGAGAUUACAGUUUAUAUCUAUGGUCUAUACCAUUGAUAUUAUGACAACUAAAUUAGCUCCACCCACACUUUCCUACCAAAAAAGUCAUGCAUUUUGACACUUUCAUAUAAGCUCAUCUAAAAAUGUAUAUUGACAAUGAAUUUUAAGAUUGGACUAGCAGCUCCAGCUAUUAAUUAAGUUUAGCAUGGGCAUUCUUUUUAUAAAAGUGCUAAAGGGAGAAAAUCUAAUAGAAGUUUCUAUCAUGCCUUCAGACAAUAUUAGCUGCAAAUAAUUACUUGUAAUUUUUAAUUUUCACAAAAUUAACCUGCUGGGUUUCAGGAGAAUUUUAUGGUACAAACUGACAAAACAAAAUCCUUUUUGAUGUUUAAAACAAAAUCAGAGAUUUUGAUAUUUUCCUUAUUGAAUUUUAACAUUUAACAAAAGUAAUACAUGUAGUUUUGGAUUGGUAACCAAUGAAAACAACUUAUUAGAUGCCUUCCUUUUGAGACAUCAUGUGGAAAAAUAUAGUAAAAUAUUUUCACUUAUUAUUCAAAGACAAAUAAAAAAAAAUUCAUGAUGAUAUAUGUGUUGUAAUAAUUACUUCAAAGUUUAAAUGUCAAGUUUCUUUUACAUUAUGUUGAAGAGAACUACAGAAUGUUUCAUUAAAUGAAUGUUCAUAGAAA